AUCCAUAAGCCACCCUUCGGACUCCUCCCCUCCGGAUGGUACAGGGAUGGCUUACUGGUCAUGAUCGAGCCACUCCCUGGGGCAAUCCAUGCCAUUCUGGUAUAAGAAGCUCAACACAAGAAAGUCAAUUAACUAGAUGUCACACUAUUUUUCGGUCUGUGUUGCCGCAGAAUCUUCCUAGCCCGCGGUUUUAGUGGCCGCGGCUUGUCCCAUGCAGAAUGGCGUCAGAGCCUACUCGUGCCCGAAGCCAUCGGGCGGAGAUUCUGUAUCAUGAUUCGACGGUUGUCUUUUUCCCCUCGUUUCCUUUCCCUGCGCUACGUGAGACAGAGAUAUUCUUCGUUUGUUCUAGAAACAUUUUUCAUGGAGCGGGAUAGUCAGGAAGGCCUGUGCAAACCAUUGGGCCUCUGGGGGCACAUCAGUGGUGUGCCAUACCUUGCAAAAGAAGAGACUCGGCUACCUAUUGCUGUUUCCAAGCUUGAAACCAGAAAUCCACCUGUCCGCAAUUCCCAAGGAUAUGAUUUUACUAUGGACCGUAGCCAGCCUUAAAAGAACUUCACCCAGCAACCUACGCGCAAACAAUGGACCUUGAUUGCUUCCAGGGUCACGGCACCCGGAGACGCCGGAGUGCUCUCGCAUGCAACACAUGUCGGGAAAGACGGACAAAAUGCGAUGGCAGGCGCCCUAAAUGUUCCUUUUGCAUUGAGCGUGGGAAAGACUGCUUCUACCCGGCGACGCCAGACCUGCCCCCUGCUUCGCUGAAGGCGGAGAUUUCGAGGUUAUGGGAACAAGUAGACCAUAUCACCGCCAUAAUCCGGGGCCAAAAGCCACGGAGCUCUCCCUCACAUGAUGAGCGACAAGAAUCUUUUACUCUUACGGCCUCUGGGGCGUCGCUGGGGUUUCCAUUUAUGGUAUUGCAGAGUGAAGCAUUCAUGAAUUUGCUUGGUCUCGAGCCAUCCGUGCCUGUUCUCCUCGAGCAUGUAGAGCGUGGCAGAAAAGCAAUCCCCGGCCAAGCCUGUGGGGCGAACAUCGUGAUUAUCGAUCUCUGGAAGGCAUCAAUUCUUUUGAAUGCGUUCCGCAAACAGAUCCACACCUGGUACCCGAUCCUGCAUGCAGAUUUUAUCAGGGAGUUCCUCCAGGCAAUGACAUUGUCUUUUCCCAUGUCGAUAACAUCCUGCGUUACUCUUCUUGUCUUGGCCAUUGGCUGCGUCAUGGAAUGCAAUUCCGUUGUUGAUGCCAUGCGGAACCGCCCGGAAGCACCAUACAUCGAAGCAGCUAUGAAAAUGCUUCCGUGUGCAUUUGCACACAGUGGCCCACGAAGCGCACAGUGUCUGUUAUUGUUCGCCAUAUAUCACCUAUGCUAUGGGCAGCCGUUUCAAGCUUACGAUUUCGUCGCAAUGGCGUCGUUUAAACUCCAGAAUUAUAUCAUAAACGAACUCAACGCCGACAGUGAUGCCACCCGAAUUUCAAUACUCAAAAGUUGCUUCUGGUCAGCAUUACUGAUUGAAAGUGAGAUUUUGGUCCAGCUAGACCUCGUUGACAGUGGGAUACGUACGAUGACUUCAUUUGUCCCGGUCCCAACAAGCUCAGGGAACUGGACAGGAGAUUUAAGUCAAUUAUUCGAGUCAUCUGCACCCAGCGAUAGCAAUAGCGAGUUCUACCUCGAAAGCAGCGAUCUGUCAUAUUUCGUCGCAGAGAUCGCGAUGCGAAAAAUGCUCCAGCGCUGCACGUGGUCGACGAGUAGAUUGGCGCAAGGUAACCAUGUCUAUGCGCCCAUCGUCGCGGCUGAGCUCGAGCGCCAGUUGGACGAGUGGCUACGAUUACUCCCACAGCAGCUAUCGUUCCGUUGCUCCCCUGCCAUCAGAUCUCACCUGCGGCGGGAUUCAGGCUCGGCCCAUGUGGAGUUUCUGCGCACGCAAUACUACGCAUUUAAGGCAUCGAUCUAUUGGCCAGCGGUCUAUGAAGCCAUUGCUGCGGGAGAGGCAAACAGCGACCUCCGCCGCCAUUGUACGAAAUUUUUCACCAGUUUCGCCGAGUUUGUUCCCAGUGCCGUUGCUUCAAUCGCCGUCUGUAAGCCAAAUCUGUGGACUUUGUGUACAAGUGUGUUUACCAUUUCGAUGGCGGCGCUGGCAGGGAUGACAGAAUCAUGUCUGGUUGAGGUUGUUCCUCGAGAGGCUAUGUUUGGUUUGGAACUAGCGAUCAAAGCUUUUGACGAGGCCGCGGAGGUCAGCCUCUCGCUGGCGGAAAUGGGUGCAAUACUGAAGGAAAGGGUACAGCAGUAUGAUUGUAAUUAGAGGUAGCAAAUUGACAGUUGCCACAACUGGGCUGCCGGCUGGUAAUACAGAAACUUUCAAUCGCAGCAACAACCGGG